AACAAAACGCGACCUCGAUAGCCACCCUCGAGCUAGGCGCGUCGUGUAUAUUGUCAACGCCAGCCCCAGAAUUCUGCCAGUCCAGGAGAUCGGAUUUUCCGCUCUGGUCCAUCGGCUGGAUUGCAGCCAGGCCGCUCAACUCAGAAGAGCUCACCUGUUUGGCAAUCGGUGAGAGUCCGUGAGACUAGGAAUUCGCAUCUCAUCUCAUCUCCAUCAGUUGCCUUUCUCUACUCUUCUCCCUCUUAUUCAUAUUCUUCUUUCUAUCCUUACCCUCUCCUGUUCGUGGCCUCUUUCCGCCCCAGGCUCCUGCCAUCCUGCAGGCAUGCAAGAACUGGCGGACAGCGUGAUGGGGGACGGGGAUCCCAUCGGUCGCGGCCAUAGCCCGCUUAGCCAACUAUUGGCAGAGACGGACGGGAACGACGCGGUCCCUGCCAUGACUCUUGCUUCUGCGACUGCCGGUGCCAGUCCCGCAGCCUCUUCUACCGUGUCUUCGGGGGCGAGUCCUCGUCUGUCUCCCACACCGACGGUUAGCGAUUCUCCAGCCACGGGGGCAGAUACAGAACCACAAACUCAAGGUCCUGGACGGGACGCUCAAAAUCGCAACCAGCCAGACGCCAACUGGUCGUCCCAAUCGGCCAACCGAGGCCAGUCUGCCGGCCAGGAACCCGAGUCAACGGAGCAUGCCGACGACAUACCUAUGGUCGAUGCCCCCUCCGUGCUCUCGAAGCCUUCUUCUCCAGAGCCAACUGACGCCUCUCCCGUCCCUGUUCCCACUGAAGGCACCUCGCCUACCGUGGCGAAUACGAAUGCUGCGCAAGGAGCCGCAGAAGACCGUUCUGCCAUUGACGUCGAUGCCAAUGCCGACAAGACAGGCAACACAUCAGCGACCGCGGCUACGGCGACGGCGACGACGACAACCAUCGCCACCAACGGUGAUCCCGUCUCGGCCCCUCCCAACCGCCCGUCUUCUCUGCCGCCAGUGAAUCCAGGCUCGUCUUGGUCUGGCCCCGUGUCCCGCCCUAACUCUGCAGGACCCUCGACCAGUGCCUCGACAGGCGCCAUAGAGCUACCGGCGUCACAAAUCCCCCCUCAGACUCUUUCCCAGCCGCAGUCAUCUUUCGGCACGAACCAUCAGCCGUCCUCUGCGCCGUUGCCCUCGAAUGGACUGGUUUCAUCCCGCCCAACCUCCCUCUCGAACCCUUCCCUCUCAUACCCCUCAAGCCAACCACCUACCAGUCCGGUCCAUCCAGCACAGCCUCUCCCGUCUACACAGGCCAACCUUGCUCAGCAGUGGAAGCUACCCUAUGCGGCGCCACCUCUUACUCAGCCGGCCGACCUGAACCAGCCGCGGCCGGGUUUGCAUCCACGCGAGCACAUCCCGAGCCCCCCAUGCGCAACGCCGGCCGUGCCGGCCAUGCCGGCUGCCAAGUUCAACGACGAGUGCAAGGUGCUCGGCCGCCUUAUCCAUAUGGCAUCCCCCCAGGCCGUUCGAUCGGUCGUUCGAGACAACUGGCACAAAUGCCUCCUGGGUUCCGACUAUCACUUGGCUUUUAUUGCAAAUGCCACCGUCCACCACGCCAGCGGGGAAGUCAUUAACCGCGCCCUGCGCGACUUUGGACAAAAACUAAUCCAGGACACCAAAGGCGCCUUUGCCCAGCACCUGACCACGGAGAUUCUCGACGACAUCGCCCCGGUUGUUAUCCAGAAGGCGAGCGACCGCUUCCUCGACCGGGCCCUCCAGGCUCGUCUGCCCACCAUUCCCGCCAGGUCUCUGCUCAACGCUCUGGCCCGCUCCGAGCGCCUCGGGUACGACGCUGACGACAUUGUCGCGGACGCGAACGAGAACGUCUUCCCGCCGCUUGACCCCGCGACCAGACCGUUCGCUGCCCACCAGAACACUGCUGUUGCCAACACGACCGCUCCUAAAACGACCUCUGUCAACACGACUGCUGCCAACGUCGGCCAACCUCGUCCGGCGCAGCCUUACCCAUCGGUCUCGUCCCAUCAGUCUCGCCCCAAACCCGCCUCGACAGUUCCGAAGCCACGGCUCCAGAAUGGUCACCCGUCAGCCUCAGCGUCGCGUCCAAAUUACAUCACGCUGUCGCGUCAUAAGCACACACCCCCAGCACCACCCCAUACGCCGACGCCCGCCGGCAAUUCUUUCAAGAAACCUCCCCCAUCCUCCUUGCCAGGAUCGUCAAAACGACGCCAAUGCCCUCUUUGCAUGCGCUCGUUCGACUCGCAGGGUCCCUAUGGGCAUCAUGUGCGUAAGCUGGUGUGUAAAAAGCCCAUCCCGCGAGGUGGCUGGCAUGCGACCUGCACCCGAUGCGGCCAAGGUUUCGUGAGCAAUAUGGGCCUCCACUAUCACACGGUCAACAAAGUGUGCGGCGAGGAAAAGAACAGCGAUUUGAAGUUUCCGUCGUCUCCGGCUGCUCCCCAUCCCGCCGCAACACCCGCCAGGACCCCUGCCGCGAGACCCGCCGAGCGCCCCGACGAUACACCCCCUCUCAUCCAGAGCGACAUCGCCGGCUACGCGCCUCCGCCACCUGCAGCAGCACCACCGGCCGGCCGCUCAUCCAGCCAGCCGUCGUCGUUCGCAACGCCCGGUGGACCCGGCCGUAGCACCCCCACCACCUCCUCUCUCGGCCAUGGCAUCAAACAUCGGGAUGUUAAGAUAUUCGACGAGAUCAGCCCGGCGGCCAACGCCUCCAUGCACCGGGAGCUCCUCUUCGCCAAAGAAACCUACAAGACGCGUGCCGACCAAGCGCGCCAGACGGUGCCAGACCGGGACGAGCUGACUCGGCAGCUGCAGAGCUUGCGGAACUGCAUGAACAGCAGGAUGAGCACCAUCCGGCGCAAGUACGGCGUGCGCAUCCGCGAGCGCCGAGACCAGGACGAGCUCGACGAAGAGCGCAGCUGGUUCGAGGUGUCGCCGGGCCCGUCGACCGGUUCUCACACGCCCGUCGGCGGCGGCGGCGGCGGCGGCGGUUAUACUUCGUCGUUCAGGACGGGCGACAAGCGGCCCGGCGGCGGCGGGUCGGUCGCUUGGGCGCCGCCCGAUAAACGGCCUAGGCUCGCUGGUCCUGGUUCUGGUUCUGGUUCUGGUUCGACGGCAGCGGCGCCGCCCACCCCUUUGAAGACGCUGUCUGUUUCGGAGAUGAAUGGUGGGCUGCACGGCACGUCUGCGACGGCGGCGGUGCAGGAUCCUACUGCUUUGACCGCCGCCGCUGCUGCUGCUGCUGCUGCGACAUCGGUGCCGCGGGGGUCCGUAUCGUCAUCGACAACCAUGGCGGCGCAGAGUAAAACAAUGCCCUCACGAACUGGUGGCGGGAUUCUGUAUCAGCCUGUGGAGAUUGAUUCAAGCUCAGACUCGGAGAGUGAUAUUCCCGCGGAGUAAGUACCUAAGGAGGUGGUGGGCGCCCCGGGGAUCAGGGGGGUGCGAAGGAAGUACACCACGAGGAUGGGGAGUUUCGGGACAACGUCGUCACGUUGCUUUUGGUUUCCGCUCUGUACGUUGCGUUUAGGACACGGAUUGCCCCGGGUAUACUACCGAUGCUACGGGAGGAGGGUCUAAGGCACCAACUCUGGGGUCAUUAACGGGUUCAUCAUUUAAAGUCUAUGCGAUGGGCAUUAUCGUAAAGGGUGGGUAGAGGGGGGAAACGAAAGGGCAGCAGAGCAGGGAUGGAUAAGAUUCUGGGGUCGCUGAGGUGCUUAUUAUACGACAUGGGUCGUACUCUGAUAAUUUUGCUCGGGCUCUUUCGGAAGAUCCAGGUCUGCUGGGUCCUUGAAGAGUUAUAAUGAAGGCUGUAUAAUCAGAACUUGCUAAUCACACUACUUGUUACAUGGAGA